UUUAAUUCUUUAUUUGACUUUGACACUUCACACACUGUGUUGUGUAACUACUUUGCGUUAAGCAUUAAAAGUUGUAAAGAUGAGCCAGCUACUAAAAUACGAAUACUACGACACGCCCGAGGGGCAGGAUAUCUUUAUGAAGACAUUUGCUAUAUCUAAAUAUGCAGCACUGGCUGGCACGGCUUUGGCAUCAAUGGAUGUCCUGAUGUAUUCUCAUCCCAAGGGUUUUGCGGCUACGGCAGGCAGGUUUGCUUGGUUUUUAGGCCCAAUGGUAGGAAUGGCUGCUGGAUUCGCCGUGACUGCGAACACAGUUCAGAACAUAAGAGGAAAGAACGAUAAAUUGAACUAUUUCUUGGGUGGAGUAGUCUCAGGCAGUAUUUUCACUGCAUGGAUGAGAGCUGGUGUCAUCGCUGUGCCUGCCGCCGUGAUCCUGGGUGCCGCGGCUGUAGUAAAGAAAACUUCAAUUGAAGAAGGCUGGUCAUUCUUCCCAUCUGUACCACAUGCCACUCAGUCAGCAAGAUCAGUCAAAUAUGACUGGACCAUGGUCAAAGAUAUAGAUGAACUUAAGAACUUUACUACAGGUUCCAACUAAAGAUCCAACCAUCUCAAGUCAGCUUCAAGAUAGUAGAAUGUAAAUACAAUCAAUAUAUUUGUUAUUUAAUUAUUUAAGAACAACAAUAAAACUGGUGAAUAUA